AUGUUGAAAUUAUCUACUUUGAGUGCACUGCGCAGUCGAGGUUAUCAUUGUGUUGCAGUUGUCACAUCCCGUAACACAAAAAAGCAUAUCUACACUUCUAGACAAUUGUGUUCUGAGUUGAAUCCCAUGAAACACAUACUGAAAGAAAACAAUAUACCUGAAGCUGAUAAAAAGCAAAUUGAGAAGGAGGUUAAAGAAAUAACUAAGGACUGGGUUUCAUACGGCUACCAUGAGACUGACAAAGAAGAAGACAUCUUUCUAAAUCGGGCUGCAUCUUUUUUUUUUCUGACAGUCGCACUAUUUCCAUCCUUAUUUUUUUGGUAUUAUUCACCUGGACAAAGUCAUCAUGAUUGGUCAUGGAGAGAAGCAUUUUUGGAACUGGAGAGACGCCAAAGAGAUGGUUUACCUCUUGUGGAUAAGGAUCUCAUUCCUGCAUCUCAGGUGCAACUACCUGGGGAUGACGAACUUGACUCUGACGUUGAGAUUAUUAUCUAG